AUGGAUAAAGACAAGAAAAUACAGCUCAAGAGAGUCUUUGGAUAUUACUGGGGAACAAGUUUUUUAAUUGUUAAUAUAAUUGGUGCAGGAAUUUUUGUGUCUCCCAAAGGGGUGCUGGCAUACUCCUGCAUGAAUGUGGGACUCUCCCUGUGUAUUUGGGUUGUCUGUGCCAUAUUGUCCAUGAUGACAACUCUCUGCUUUGCAGAGAUAGGUAUAAGCUUUCCAUGCAGCGGAGCUCACUAUUAUUUUCUCAAGAGAUGCUUUGGCUCCUCCAUCGCUUUCCUGUAUCUCUGGACAUCCUUGUUUCUGUGGCCAGCGAUAGCUGCUAGCCAAGCACUACUCCCCGAGUACAGCAUCCAGCCUUUUUACCACAGCUGCUCUACUCCAAAGUUGCCAAAGAAAUGUCUGGCACUGGCCUUGUUGUGGACUGUGGGAAUUCUGAAAGUUCGUGGUGUGAAAGAGGUGACUUGGCUUCAGAUAGCUAGCACAAUGCUGAAAAUAUCAAUACUUAGCUUCAUUUCCCUAAGUGGCGUGGUACUGCUGGUGAGAGGGAGAAAGGAGAGUCUAGAACGAUUUAAGAAUGCGUUUGAUGGUGAAUUUCCAGAUGCCUCCCAGUUUAUAGAAGCUAUCUUCCAAGGAUAUUUUACCUAUUCAGGAGGGGGAUGCUUUACAUUUAUAGCAGGGGAGCUGAAGAAACCCAAAAAGACAAUUCCCAAAAUCAUAUUUACUGGGUUACUUCUGGUGACUAUUGUUUAUUUACUGGUUAACAUUUCCUACUUUACUGUUCUGAUACCCAGGGAAAUUCUCUCUUCAGAUGCUGUGGCUGUCACAUGGGUAGAUCGAUUUAUCCCUUCAUUAGCAUGGGCUAUGCCUUUUGCUAUUUCUGCCUCAUUAUUUAGCAACCUCCUGGUUAAUGUAUUGGAAUCAUCAAGAAUCAUACAUAUUGUAAGCCAACAAGGCCAGCUGCCUUUGCUAUUUUAUACCCUUAAUAGUCACUCCUCUCCAUUAAUACCUGUGCUACUGCUCAUCACUAUGGGAUCUCUUGCGAUUGUCCUAACAAACCUAAUUAAUUUGAUAAACUAUCUUUUCUUUGUAAUUUCUUUUUGGUCUUUAUUAUUAAUGAUAGGAAUUCUAAAAUGGAGAUACCAGAAGCCCCAUCAACCUAUACCUUAUAAGGUGUUUUUGCCAUUUCCAUUGGCAACAAUGGCCAUCAACCUGUGCAUGGUUGUGAUACCAUUGGUAAAGUCUCCAAACAUGCAUUAUCUCUAUGUACUUCUCUUUGUUGUCAGUGAACUGCUGUUUUACAUACCCUUAAUACAUUUCAAAGCAAGAUUGGUUUGGUUUGAGAAGAUGACUUGCUAUUUACAAUUACUAUUUAAUAUUUGCCUCCCUGAUGUAUCUGAUGACCAGAUGUCAGAACUACAAACUAUGGAGAAAAGUUAG